UUAGUGAUUCGAAGUUUGUGGACACUAUGCCGAUUCAAAUGUAUUGUGUAUGACGUUAGUUUAUAACAAAAAAUCUCAAUUAAAACACAUACCAGCGAAAGUUAAUCGAGACAGAAUGCGAUUGGUGCGAUUGUUGGUAAGCUGCUGCAGUCUGCUUUUAUCCACCACUCCGCAGUUGAUACGUAGCCAAUCUACAGGUGAAAGAGUUACCUUUGUUGAUGAGAAAGCUGGUGGUGACGAAAUGUCAGGUGGUGGUAAUAAUGGUAACUUCGAGUCGCAACAAAAUAAUGUGAGAUUUUUCAAUGGAACAACAACACGUCAAGGAAAAAAUUUAUUCGAUUGGAUCGGUCUUGGAACAGGAAGCAACACUGAUCCAUAUUUGGCUAAAAUUAACAAAGAUUGUUUGACAGGUGAACUUGCCGAAUGUUUCAAAUCUCAAGCACUCACCUCGUUUUCCGAAUUUUUCGAUCAAACGGCUUAUACUUUGAAUGAUAAUGUAAACGUUGUAAGAAUGUCACGUCAAGUGGUUGCUGAUGUUAAUCGUCAACCUUACGAAUAUUCAACUGAAGCUAGAUCCGACGAUUCGGAAUGGGAUCAAUUGGUUAAAUUUGCAUUGAGAAAAAUGGAAAAAUUUGUUAAGACAAUGGCUAUUGAAAUUAAUGUUCCGUUAUCCGAGACAGGUGACAAUGAUAGUUAUUCGCCUAGAUUCAUAGAUGAAAUUGUCGGCGAGUUAGAUACAUUGGAAGAUAAAAAGGAUUCACUUUUUUCUCGUCAUCGUUUUCGAAAAUUAUUAUUACCAAUGUUAAUAAUAUUGAAACUAUUCAAACUGAAAUUAUUGUUAUUUUUACCAUUGAUAUUUGGAUUGGUAUCAUUCAAAAAAUUCUUAGCACUUUUGGCAAUUGUAAUACCAGGUGUUAUAGGAUUUUUAAAAUUAUACAAACCACAAAAUUAUCAACCACCGAUAUACAGUCAAAGUGGUAUUGGUUACCCUUAUUACAGGGAACCUCCUGGUCAUUAUCCUUACGCAAAUCAUCAUCCAGAUUAUGAUGGAAAUUAUCAUGGUGACACUGUGUCAUUUGGACAAGAUCUUGCCUAUCAAGGUUAUCGCAAAUAUCAAUCGCAAAAAAAGAGAUAG